GUAGACGAACAGUUCCAGGUCAAACUUGCAACUUGAGUAAGCUUUCCUCAAAAAUGGCUGGCAUAAGCUCCGAAAAAAAUUACCGUUUUAAGAUUCUGGACGACGUUUUGAUUGCGACAUUAGACUCGAAAAGUGCCAAAGUCAAUUCUCUUAAUUUAUCUUCAAGCUCUGAAUUCAAAUCUUUUUUAAAUGAGCUCGAGGCGAAUACAUCUUUAAAAUCAGCGGUCAUAAUAUCGGGUAAACCAGGAUGCUUCAUUGCCGGAGCUGAUAUAGACAUGUUGGAAAGAUGUCAAAACAUAGAUGAAGCUAUAAAUAUAUCGAAAGAAGGGCAAGAUAUCUUUAACCAGUUGGAGAGUAGUAUAAAGCCUAUUGUAGCAGCAAUUAAUGGAGUUUGUCUCGGUGGAGGCCUUGAAUUGGCUUUGGCAUGUCAUUACCGUAUAGCAACGAAAGAUCGUACAACGAAGCUUGGUACCCCGGAGGUCCUAUUGGGACUUCUUCCUGGAAGUGGUGGUACUGUAAGGCUUCCGAAGAUUACUAAUUUAACAAAAGCAUUGGAUUUAGAACUUUCAGGAAAACAAAUAUCUGCAGAACAAGCAAAAAAAAUUGGUUUAGUAGAUAUGUUGAUAGAUCCCUUGGGACCUGGACUAGAAUCUGCUGAUAAAAACACAAUUGAAUACCUGGAACGUGUGGCGAUCCAGGUGGCCAGAAGUAUUGCUAAUCGAAACUUGAAGGUUAAACGAGACAGCAAAAAAUUAACAGAUCAGGUUUCGCACUUCGCCAUAAACCUGGAAUUUGUCAAAAAUAAAAUAUUUAACACAGCACGAAGCCGAAUAAUAAAAUUCACAAAUGGUCUAUACCCAGCACCUUUAAAAAUUCUUGAUGUUAUAAGAACAGGUAUCGACGAGGGUUCAUCCGCUGGAUACAAGGCCGAAAGCAGAGCCUUUGGAGAGUUAGCUAUGACUCCAGAAUCAAGAGGACUUAUAGGCCUUUUUCGUGGUCAGACUGAAUGUAAAAAAAAUCGCUUCGGGGAUACAGUGGAAGAUAUCAAAACGGUUGGUGUACUUGGUGCUGGUCUUAUGGGAGCGGGCAUAGCCCAGGUAUCGAUAAAAAAUGAAUAUCAAGUUGUAAUAAAAGAUACGUCCUAUGCUGGACUCGCGCGAGGUAUGGAACAGAUCCAUAAAGGAAUUGAGAGCCAGGUUAAACGAAAUAAAAUCAGCAAAUUUAAGCGCGAUCAAAUGCUCUCGAAUUUGAAGCCUACUCUUAGUUAUGAAAAAUUAAAAAACGCAGAUAUGGUUAUAGAGGCAGUGUUCGAAGACAUACAAGUUAAGCAUGCGGUUAUAUCCGAGUUAGAGGCUGUAGUGCCCUCACAUUGUAUAAUUGCUACAAAUACAAGUGCUAUCCCUAUCAAAGUAAUAGCCGAAGGAAGCUCACGACCUGAAAAUUUGAUUGGCAUGCAUUAUUUUUCACCUGUUGACAAGAUGCAAUUACUCGAAAUAAUUACACAUUCUCAAACGUCUAAAGAAACUACUGCUAAAGCUGUUGCAGUGGGCCUCAAACAAGGAAAAGUUGUAAUAACUGUAAAUGAUGGGCCCGGGUUUUAUACGACACGGAUUUUAUCAACUAUUUUAUCUGAAGGAAUCAG